AUGAACGGUCAGCGUGUGUCAGACGGUCGGCGCAGAUGCUGGAAAUCUGCUGCCUGGAUCCUCACCUGCCUGCUGGCUUCGUUCUUACUGAUCGCCGUCACCAGCUUCCUUCCAAACGAAGAUAUCAAACUCCAGCGAAGAUCAGCUUCCUCCAACACCACAAAUGCCUCAGCGACAGCACAGUCUCAAGUGCGGCUGGUGAACGGCAGGAACCUCUGCGAGGGGCGCGUGGAGGUGCUUCAUAACGGGACGUGGGGGACGGUGUGUGACGACGACUGGGACAUGGUGGACUCCAACGUGGUUUGCCGGCAGCUGGACUGUGGUGUGGCUGUGGCCGUGGGGAGCAGCUCCGAGUUCGGCCAGGGCUCCGGGCCCAUCCUGCUGGACAACGUGGACUGUAAGGGAGGAGAGAUGCAACUGAGUCAGUGCGGGAAUCAGGGAUGGGGCGUCCACAACUGCUACCACUAUGAAGACGUGGCCGUCACCUGUAAAGACAAUAGUGUGAUAGAACCUCGAGGCCUGGAGCCCACCAUGCCGCCCCAUCUCAUCUCUGCUUUAAGAGACGGAGCGGUGCGUUUGGCGGGGACCGGGGACCGCUGUCAGGGCCGGGUGGAGAUCUACUAUCAGGGCAGCUGGGGGACGGUGUGUGAUGAUGACUGGAGCAUGGCAGACGCCGCAGUCGUGUGUCAACAAAUCAGCUGCGGACUGGCUGUCGGCGCACCUACAAACGCUUACUUCGGCUACGGCACGGGACAGAUUUUGCUGGAUAACGUGAACUGUAAAGGGCAGGAGGGCAGCCUGGCCAGCUGUUACAGCCUCGGCUGGGGAAUUCAUAACUGCGGUCAUCAUGAGGACGCCGGAGUCAUCUGCUCAGGUGCCAGUUCCACCAUGGUCCCAGUUAUCAACACAGAGACUUUAGGCAGAGAUUUCAUCGUUCCUGAAAGCACAGCAGUGACAGAAAUGCCAGUGCCAGUACAACGUGAAACAGUAACCACGGUGAUCACUACAGCCUCAACAACAAAAGAGAAGCCGAGCAUCCGUUUGGUGAAUGGCCUGAACAGCUGUCAGGGCCGAGUGGAAAUCCUCUACUUCACCGUCUGGGGAACAGUGUGUGAUGAUGACUGGGAUAUGGACAACGCUCAGGUGGUGUGCAGACAGAUGGGAUGCGGGCCGCCUAUCGCAGUCAAGCCUCUGGCUUACUUCGGCUAUGGUUCUGGCCCCAUUCUGCUGGAUAACGUGGACUGCCGCGGCAAUGAGCAAAAGCUGUCCGACUGCUUCAAUCUGGGCUGGGGACAGCAUAACUGUGGCCAUUAUGAAGACGCUGGAGUCAUCUGUGCACCACCUUUGGUGUUUGAGGUAGUCGGAAGAGACUUUGUUAUAGGGAUCACAGAGAAACCUCUGACAACUACAAGACCAACUACAACCACAACACCAGCGGAUGGUACCAUCAGGCUCAUUGGGGGCCUGAACCGCUGCGAGGGCCGUGUGGAGAUAUUCCUGAGAGGAGAGUGGGGAACCGUGUGCGAUGACGCUUGGGAUCUGGCGGAUGGGAAGGUGGUGUGCAGGCAGAUGGGCUGCGGGCUGCCUAGAGCCGUCCAGGUGAUGGCCUACUUCGGUCCCGGCAGUGGCACAAUCCAGAUGGACAAUCUGAAGUGCACAGGCACAGAAACUGCUCUCACUCGGUGCUCUCACAUAGCGUGGAACGUCCACAACUGUGACCAUUCAGAGGAUGCCAGUGUCACUUGUACACUCUAAUGACUCCACCCACCACAUGCCACGCCCACCUCAAGCCACACCCACCACCCCGGUCCAGUGAUUGCAGUGGGGGCGAAAGAGUUUCCAGGACUUGUAUAAAUUUUGUACAUAACACCUCACGCCAACCCUGACGAGGAGAUUUUAAAGAUGAAAUAGUUAUUGGGUGUGAAACAAGAACAAAUAAAUUAUGCUAAUACUGUUAUAUAAAUAACUGUAAUAAAUAUUAUGAAUGAAAAUUCUAAUUAUGCACUUUAUAAACUAUAAGAAUGUGUACACAUAGGUGAAUAAAUAUGCUGAACAUAUUUUAAUCUAUUGAUAUACAGUGAAACCAAAGUUUUAGACACUUUUUAGCCUGUCAUUUUGAUUGCAAGCACCAAAUUUAUUAUGGCAUAAAAAAAAUAUGUACUGUACUUCUAGUACAUUUCCGAUUAUAUAU